AUGCACCAGGAUGGUCGCGUGCUUAUUAUGCAUGAUUACAUAUGGCAGCGAGGCUGCGAUUGGCCGAAGAAAGCUCUUGCUGGCGCCAAUCAGAGCCGUUCUGAGCGGCGAUUGCUGAGGGGAAAGAAAAUGGAGACGGUCCAGAGGUUUCUCCUGCGGGCGGCGGCGGCGGCGGCGUGGCUCUGCUUGGUCGGGGCAGCCUCUGCCUCGGCGCCCCCUCAGCGCUACGCCCCCGACUGGCCCAGCUUAGACGCUCGGCCGCUGCCGGGCUGGUUCGACGCCGCCAAGGUCGGUGUGUUCGUCCACUGGGGGGUGUUCUCGGUGCCGGCCUGGGGCUCCGAGUGGUUCUGGUGGCAGUGGCGGGGCGAGAAGCAGCCCGCCUUCGACCGCUUCGUCCAGGCGCGCUUCCCGCCAGGCACCAGCUACGCGGACUUCGCCCCGCGCUUCACCGCUCGCGACUUCCAGCCCCGGCAGUGGGCGCGGCUCUUCCAGCAGGCCGGCGCCAGAUAUGUGGUGUUGACUACAAAGCAUCAUGAAGGCUUCACCAACUGGGGGUCCACCGUGUCAUGGAACUGGAAUUCGGUAGAUACGGGGCCCCAUCGAGACUUGGUGGGUGAACUGGGGGAUGCUCUCAGAGAAAGGAACAUACACUAUGGACUGUACCAUUCCCUCUAUGAAUGGUUUAACCCUCUCUAUUUAUUGGACAAAAAAAAUGGCUUCAAGAGUCAGUUUUUUGUCUAUGGCAAGACACUGCCUGAGCUUUAUGAGCUUGUCUUGAGAUACAAGCCAGAUCUCAUUUGGUCUGAUGGAGACUGGGAGGCACCAGAUACUUACUGGAACUCAACCUCUUUCCUCGCCUGGCUUUACAAUGACAGUCCAGUCAAGGAUACUGUAGUGGUGAAUGAUCGAUGGGGCAUCAAUUGCUCUUGCCACCAUGGAGGCUACUAUAACUGUCAAGAUAAAUACAAGCCUAGCACUCUGCCAGACCACAAGUGGGAGAUGUGCAGCUCUAUUGACAGGAGAUCUUGGGGGUAUCGAAGCGACAUGCAAAUCAGUGAAGUCAUGGAUGAAUCCAGCAUCAUUCAGGAACUUGUGCAAACUGUGAGCUAUGGUGGAAACUAUCUUCUCAAUGUGGGGCCCACAAAAGAAGGGGUGAUCGCUCCAGUCUUCCAAGAGAGGCUCCUAGCCCUUGGGAAGUGGCUAGGCAUUAAUGGGGAGGCCAUUUAUGAAUCAAAGCCAUGGAGAAUACAAAAGGAGAAUUGCACUUGCAGCACAUGGUACACUUCAAAGGGAGCAACAGUCUAUGCUAUCUUCCUGACCUGGCCAGAAAACAGUGUGUUGAUUCUUCCAUCACCUGUCUCAUCUGCAACUACUAAUGUGACUAUGUUGGGAUUCUCUGAACCUUUGAAAUGGCAGGUAGCCCCAGACAAAGGACUGAAGAUCAUGCUUCCCUCUGCUAUUCCUUCACUUCUCCCUCUGCAGCAUGCCUGGACUCUUAAGCUAGUUGGAGUGGCAUGAUGGUGAAGUUGGAAGGAAAUUGAGGAACGUCUGUUUCUCUCUCAGUGACGAACCAUUCAAGCUGGUGUGAUUAGUGGCAUGAAUGGGUUUGAAAUGGUAGGUGGGUGGGGCUUAAAAGAUGGGUCUGCAAAGCAAUGCAAUGUUUUAUGUGUUAGCAAUCCUCAGGUGUUGCAUUUCAGUAGGGAGAAACCGAAGAACGGGCCUCUCCCAGCAGGAUUUAAUUUGCCUGACACAAAUGUCCAAAAGCACUCUGCUGUAAUGCAUUGAGCAUCAUUUGCACAGAAUGAGAACUGUCUCCAGUAACUUCUCGGGGAAAUUAGCUUGGGCUGUGGUGAGUUCUACUUCACUCACAUGUUAUGGGAAACUAUACCUAGUGGUUAACUGAACACCAAAGUUAUUGUGAUCUUGGCCACUUAGGUUGAAAUAAACUGUGAUCCUUGACUUAGCAUUACACCUGAAGCAGAAAUUGUUGCUUGUUUCAGUCUCAGCAUACCCUGAUCUGUAGUCAAGGUUUGUCCUUGACUUACUGAUGAUGCUUUGUUAGAGCAAAAGAAACCAUGAUUCCUGGAUUAGCGUUACCUCCAAAUCUGGGGUCAUGGUUUGUUUUGCUCUAAUGCUAAGACAGGGAUCAUGGUUUGGGUCCACUUGCAGGAAAAGAACAAAAGCAGCUCUGAAAAGCACAUUCCAUUAAACCAUUACCUGGUAUACUGUGACAUGCAAACUUAGGCCAUUGAUUAGGGGGGAAGUGAGCAGAGCUCAGCAAUUAAUCUCAUUUGAAUUAGAGCAGGUCUCCCAUUUAUGUAUCGCUUUACACAGGAGGAGUCACAAAGCAGUUUCCAGAGACAACAGCAUACAAUCGACAAUAA